AAAUAAUUUCGGGAAACUGGGACUGAGCCUCGCCAAAGCUUCUGUAAGGUCUCGCGAUCACGCAGGUAAAAAGGUAACCAACACAGGUCGCGUUUGGUCUGACGUCAAAAACCAAAACGACCUUCGCACCAGACAUCGAGAUCGCAUCGACUAUCGGAAGAUUUUUCGAUAACCGCCCACGCGUGCAUCGAGUUCGCCAACGGCAGGAUGGGGUCGCCCGGGUCAGGCGCGUCGUCGCCGAGAGCGCGUUCGCCGGCUUCGAAGCCCCUCCCGCUGGACGACGAGCGGUCGCCAAAACCUGUCGACACGAAACAGCCACGGGGUGGGCGCGAUGAUGAGGGGCGAGGAGAAAGGCGGGCGGGCGGCGGCGGCGGCGGCAGAGGAAGGGGAGCAGGGCGGCACGAGCGCGGCAAGCGAGAGGGCGGCGGUGGCGACAAGUACCGGCCGGCGCGGCGCGAGCGGACGCCGCCGCCGGUGGCGACGGAGGAGCAAAAGCAGGCGGCGGCCAAGGCCGAGUACGAGCGGCUGCUGACGGCGCGGUCGGGGGGCACGUACGUGCCGCCGGCCAAGCUGCGGGCGCUGCAGGCGCAGAUCACUGACAAGUCGUCGACGGCGUACCAGCGCAUGGCGUGGGACGCGCUCAAGAAGAGCAUCAACGGGCUCAUCAACAAGGUCAACGUCAGCAACAUCAAGCCGCUCGUGCCCGAGCUCUUCAACGAGAACCUCGUGCGCGGCCGCGGGCUCUUCUGCCAGAGCGCCGUCAAGGCCCAGGCCGCGUCGCUGCCCUUCACGCCCAUCUACGCCGCCCUCGUCGCCGUCGUCAACACCAAGCUGCCCCAGGUCGGCGAGUUGCUGCUGCGCCGCCUGGUCCUGCGCUUCCGCAAGGCCUUCCGCCGCAACGACAAGGCCGUCUGCCUCUCGGCCACCACCUUUGUCGCCCACCUCGUCAACCAGCAGGUCGCGCACGAGAUGGUGGCCGCCCAGAUGCUGCUCCUGCUGCUCAACAAGCCCACCGACGACAGCGUCGAGAUCGCCGUCGGCCUGACCCGCGAGGUCGGCCAGUUCCUCGAGGAGAUGAACGCGCCUAUCGCGAACGUCGUCUUUGACCGCUUCCGCGACAUCCUGCACGAGGCCGACAUCGCCAAGCGUACCCAGUACAUGAUCGAGGUGCUCUUCCAGACCCGAAAGGACCAGUUCAAGGACAACCCGGCCGUGCGCGAGGAGCUCGACCUGGUCGAGGAGUCGGACCAGAUUAAGCACUUUGUCGAGCUGGACGGCGAACUCGAGGCCGAGGACACCCUCAACAUUUUCCGCGCCGACCCGGACUAUGAGGCGAACGAGGAGAAGUACAAGAAGCUCAAGGCCGAGAUCCUUGGCGAGGGCUCCGACGACGAGGACGACAGCGACGACGAAGAUGACGACUCGAGCGAGGACGAGGCCGAGACGACCGAGCAAAAGGCAGUCGAUAUCCAGGACCGGAGCAACGCCGACCUGGUCGCACUGCGGAGAACAAUUUAUCUGACCCUGAUGUCCAGCAUGGAUCCCGAAGAAGCUGUGCACAAGCUGAUGAAGCUCAAUCUACCCGCUGGCCAGGAGCCUGAGCUGCCAUCGCUCAUUGUCGAGUCGUGCGCGCAGGAGCGGACCUACUCCAAGUUUUACGGAGCCAUCGGCGAGCGGCUGGCCAAGAUCAACCGGCUCUGGACCGACCUCUUCGAGCGCUCAUUCGAACACUACUACACCAACAUCCACCGCUACGAGACCAACAGGCUGCGCAAUAUCGCCCGCUUCUUCGGUCAUGUCUUUAGCACCGACGCCAUCGGCUGGCACUGCAUGUCGGUCGUGCACCUCAACGAGGAGGAAACCACGUCGGCAAGCCGUAUCUUUAUCAAGAUCCUGUUCCAGGAGAUCUCAGAAGCUAUGGGCAUGCCUAAGCUGGUGGCGCGCACCAAGGAGGAGCAGCUCCGGCCUUACAUGGAGGGCCUCUUCCCCCGCGACUCGGCCCGCAACGUCCGCUUCUCCAUCAACUACUUCACCAGCAUCGGCAUGGGCGUCCUGACGGAAGAAUCGCGCGAGUUCCUGCAGAACAUGCCCAAGCCGGCCCUGCCCGCGGCUCGCGCCGCCGCCGACCACUCGGACUCGGAGUCGUCGUCGGGCUACUCGUCCUACACGGGAUCCUCGUACUCGUCGCGCUCCCGCUCGAGGUCCCGCCGGUCGCGUUCCUACUCACGCUCGAAGUCUCGAUCUCCUGCGCCACGUCGCGGGAAGGCCGUGGCCAAGAGGCCGUCCCCAUCGCGGUCGAGAUCCCGCUCCCGCUCCAUCUCCAGGUCUCGGAGCCCCGCACCUCGUCGAGGCCGCUCGUACAGCCGUGAUCGGUCCGCAUCGGCCGGCCGAUCCCGCUCCCGCUCCCACUCGCGGUCGCGAUCGAGAUCCUAUUCGCGAUCGCGGUCCCGCAGCCCGCAGCGCCGCGACGCGCCCCAACAUCAGCAGCAGCAGCAGCAGCAGCCGCCGCCGCAACAACAAAACCAAGCACAGCCGGCCCAACAGCGCGGCCGCCAGCGCUCCUACACGCCCAGCGACCGCAGCUUGAGCCGGAGUCGCAGCCGCAGCUACAGCAGGAGUCCCCGCGGCCGGUCCUAUACCAGGUCCCCGGAGCCCGCAAAGGCGCGCGGCGGGCCAACGGUAGCAACGCGAAGGCCUGUUUCGGCGGACAGCAAGCGGUCGCUAUCCAGGUCGAGGUCCCGGUCCCGGUCCAGGUCGAGGUCGCCUGUGGCCCCGCGCCGGCGGCGAGGUUCCUCUUAUAGUCGCAGCCGCAGCCCUAUCAGGGACAGAGGUGGUGGUAGUGGCGGUGGCGGCGGCUCAGAAGGGAACGCGGACAAGGGCAGCGGACGUGAUGCGCGAACCAAGGCGGCGCCGAGGCGCGGACGGAGCUACUCCCGCUCCGUGAGCCGAUCCAGAGCCAGGUCCAGAUCCGGCACGGCGUCGCCGUCGCCGGGCCCGUCCAGGCGGCGGAGGAGGGCGUCGUCCAGCGUCAGCGACACGCCGAGGAAGAGACGUCGGGAGAGCUGAGCCAAUGCGGGGAUAGGCUCGGGCUGCGGAAGGGAUAAAGGCUCAGGUCCCGAGAAUGGGGGGACCCACGUCGCAGUGUCCGAGGGGAGGCUCGGAUGUUUCAAAGGCCGCCCGGGAAUUAGACUGUUUGUAAUAUAGUAUCAUAUCAGGUCGAAAAGGGACCCCGACGGAGAGGGAGGUGUACAGGAAUGAACCCGUAAUGGCGAAGACGAAUAUCCAGACGAAAAUUCUUUGAGUUGUGCCUUGUUCUUUUCUGCCAUGUAAGAUUUCUGCAAACAUUAUCUCACGUUUUCCA